CAACCGUCGGUUAUGUUAGGCCUAGAGAGUUGCAGCUCCACAGGUUGUGUAUUAACUCCUGAAAUGUGGCUUCCGCUUUUGCUAUAGACCGGCUUUUACCUCAACAGUUACUGUGCGUGAUACAAGAUUUCUUGGUGAAUCGUUUGCUCCACCUACCUUUCUUAAAACGGAUACUUAUCAUCGUUGAACCUCUGCCUUGUUUUGCUGACAGUGUCGCCGAUUGUGUGCCGUUCCUCUGACCGAUCGAGCCUUCCGUACUUUAGGCUUAAUGAAUUCCGAUCGGUGAAAACGAUUGUCGCAAUGCCAUUCUACGAAAAAACUCUGGCCAUUAUCAACCCUAAUCUCCUCCCCAGAACUCCAGAAAUAAAAGCCAUUAUAAAAUCAUCCGGCCUCGCGGUGAUUCGAGAGAGAAGGGUCCAGCUCAGAAAAGACCAGGCGGUUCAUUUUUUCUCUCAGCAGCAGCAACCAACUGACCGCCUCCAGAAAGCCAAUUCCGUCGAUGAUGAUGACGACGUGAAACGAGAUUUAAAAGCCUUUCUCGACUCGAUGACCAGUGGUCCCAUCGACGUAUUGAUCAUAGCAGGAUUCGACGCCGUGCACAGAUGGCUGGAGCUCAUUGGUCAAGCUGACCCCGAGAUCCUCCGUAGAGAGCAAACCAAUUGCAUUAACGUUUUGUUCGGUGACGGAGUGCAUGGCAGUAGCGAUCUCAGAGCUGCCAGCAGAGAAAUUCGAUUUUUUUUUCCGGACACUUUGUUCGAAGCGGACUAUGGCCUAGGAAGCGCCAGGGAGUACUUGUCACAGACUGUGAGUCCUUUGCUUUUAAAAGGGCUCGUUACGAUGUCUAAAGAAAAGCCGCAAAUCCCUGUACUUUGGAUGGCCCAAUGGCUGCUCAGGAAUCGACCACACGAAUAGCAGAGCUGUUGUGAGAAUGGAAAAUAAUGAGAAUAAAAACAUUUGUUCUUUGU